CUCAAACUCAAAACAUCCAUGACAAGUUCGGUUUCAGUCCUCAGUUCAGCGUGUUCACUUGUUCAGUCACGAUCAGUCAUCGGUGCACGAUGCGGACAUAGGGAAUCAUCUGUUUCUCUGAAGUUGUCUUAUCGUGUUGCUACUUGCUUUGCUAGUCAAUUCCAAGAGUUUGAACUGACGGAGUGUUUAGUUUCGUAACGAAUUUUUCUAUCGGAAAAAAGGAACUGUGCCAUACCUACCUACAUGCUUAAAUUAAACUGUUAGUGCUGUGAUAUUAUAUUCGAUAUUGUUUUUUAUUUUAUGGGAUUAUGACGAAUGGGCAUACUAUACAAAAUUUUCAAGUAAAAGAUAUCAAGAUGGCUCUACCAACACCUGAGGACAUGGGUUUUUGCUCUAGUGUCGACUACUUGGAGAACGAAAUCCACUCUCCAACCGACACCUCCGAAGACAGCGUCGAAGUCAAAGUAUCCGCAAUAUCUAUAGCCAACAAAAGGAAGCUAGACUACCGGAACGCUCCAGAGAAGUUCACCGGACCACUGAAAAAAAGAAUGUGUUUGAAAGUGAAAGCUGAAAGCAACGACAGUCACCCUUUCAGGCCAUGGAGUCCGACGCCAGACAGAACUGUCGAUGGCAUCAAAGUCAAAAGUGAAGACUCCCGUUCAUUGCCGUCGCCCCAGAGCAUCUGCCAGUCCAAAACGGAACCUCAGUUCAUGCCGUAUUUUCGGCCCCCUUCGCCUAUCAUGUUCUACCAACAGAAUGAACCUGUGUCGCUGGUGAAGAAACGAGAUGUCGACGAUAGCAUCAAAGCUGAAAGUGAUAGCAGCAGCCAAGACUUGCGCGUACCAGCUCACCCUCAGGUCCAGAGCCUCUCUACGGUCGAGACUGAGCGACUGAUCCUGAAAACCAGCGAGAUGUUUCCAGCUCUGCAGACUCCCUCCACCAGUGGCAGCCAGAGAGCCAUCGAAAAUCAGAAACGAGAGCAGCGAAACUACAAAAAUAUGACCAGGGAAAGGCGGAUAGAGGCCAACGCGAGAGAAAGAACUAGAGUUCACACGAUAAGCGCUGCUUUCGAUACGCUUAGAAAAUCGGUUCCUUCGUAUUCGCACAAUCAGAAGCUGUCGAAACUGUCAGUUUUGAGGAUAGCUUGUUCUUACAUAAUGACGUUGUCUUCCAUUGUCAAUGACGAGCCCAGCGAUCAGCCUUCCACUUCGGAAUGCGUGGAAAUGGUCACGAGGACCAUCCAACGCGAGGGGAAGUUGAGGAAAAAGAAGGACGAUAAUGACUGAGAAUAUUGAGCAUUAGGUCAAAUCGCGUUCCUGUUUUCUCAGUGUAUUCCACUUUUUCUCUGAAAGCUGCCAAAUAUGUUUGUACUUACUGUAUAUAUAGUUUCUGAAAGAUUAUUUAUUUGACUAUUUAAUAAAAGAGUUUAUUAUUUG